ACAGACACCUGAGAGCACCUGUCGAGUGUAGACAAGUCUCCUGAAACUGUAAAUACAAGCAGUGCUGUGAAGGAAAAAAGUCAGCUGAAACAGUAUGGCAUCAACGGUCAACCUCCACGAAAAGCACUUCCUGUGCUCCCUGUGCAGAAACAUCUUCACCAAUCCCGUGACCACACCAUGUGGACACAGCUUCUGCUUGUCCUGCCUCUCCCAGUUCUGGUCGCGACACCAGUCCAGAUACUGUCCGGAGUGCAGACGGUUAUUCCCCGAAAAGCCUAACCUCAGUGUCAACCACAUCCUAGCAAAUGUGGCUGAAAACUACAAAAAAGUCAGACCUCAGAAAACACCCGACGAUGAGCUGGUUCUAGAUGUCACACAAAUGAUUCAGGAAAGACUGCAGAAGAUAGACCGGCUAAAAUAUUCUCUGGACAUUCAAAAGAGUUCUUACCUGCGCGAGGUGCGCGAGAGCCAGAAGAUCUUCUCCACCCUCGUAAACGCCAUGGAGAAGACCCACAGAGCGGUUGUUGCUGGAAUCGAGGAGAAACAAAAAGAGGAGGAGAAGAGAGUGGAGGCUUUGAUCAAAGAGAUCCAGCAGGAGAUCCAGGAGCUGAAGGAGGAGACCAGUCAGACAGAUCUUCGCAUUUCUGCCAGCCAAAGUGAUGACAUGAAGCACGUUGCAGUGACCUCAGAGAUGAAGGACUGGUCCAAGGUCACUGUGGAAACCGACCCUUGUGUUGGGGUCACCAGAAGAGCGCUGUCAGACGUUCUGGAGAAGAUCAAAGCAGAAGUCAACAGACUUGGCAAAGCUGAACUAAAGAGAAUAGAAAAGUAUGCAGUGGAUAUCAACCUCAGUGCUAAAACAGCACAUCCCUCCCUUUUUGUGUCAGAUGACAGAAAACUGGUCAGGCUCACUGAUAAGUUCCAGGAGGUACCGGACAACCCCAAACGCUUCGACCGCAUAGCAGAUAUUCUGGCCAAGGAGAGCUUUAACAGUGGGAGGUGCUACUGGGAAGUGGAAGUAGGGGAAAAAAUUGAGUGGAAACUGGGAGUUGCCAGACAAUCCAUAAACAGGAAGGGCAAGUUCACCCUCUGCCCGGCUAACGGCUUCUGGACUUUGAGCUUGAAAGCUGGAGGCCAGUACAUAGCAAACACCUCUUCUCCCAGCUUGGUGGCUGUAGAGCAUCGUCCUAGGAGGGUGGGUGUGUUUUUGGAUUACGCCGAAGGCCGUGUGUCCUUCUUCUGCGCAGACACAGGAAUCCACAUUUACACCUUUACAGAUAAGUUCAGCGACAGGCUUCAUCCUCUCUUCAGUCCCGGUCGCCUGCAUGGAGGGAGAAACGCAGCUCCUCUUGUCAUCAGCUCAGGUUUCUGUAGCAUCUGAGCCGUCGGACUCCCCAAAAUGUGUUUGUUUUUGUUAAUAUACUUGUUCUGUAAUGAAUUUUACAAUUUGUUGUGAACCACAAUGAACACUAGAAAUGAUGUACAAUGGCUGACAACUUCAAAAAAACUAUAAACAGUUUGAAAAGUGGGAUAAAA